AUGGGCAACGAAACUUCACUUCCCGAAUUGUGUUCCACAUUCGACGUUGAGGAGAUAAAAAGACUCGGAAAGCGUUUUAAAAAACUGGACCUUGAUGGAUCAGGCUCCCUCAGUGUUGAAGAAUUUAUGAGUUUACCAGAACUGCAGCAAAAUCCUCUAGUAUCCAGGGUUAUAGACAUUUUCGACACAGAUGGGAACGGAGAAGUCGAUUUCAAGGAAUUCAUUGAGGGGAUGUCCCAGUUCAGCGUAAAGGGCAACAAAGAGGCAAAAUUAAACUUUGCUUUCAAGAUCUAUGAUAUGGACGAUGACGGUUUCAUAAGCAAUGGCGAACUAUUUCAGGUUUUAAAGAUGAUGGUUGGCAAUAAUCUGAAGGAUGCUCAAUUACAACAGAUUGUGGACAAAACGAUCAUGUUCGCCGACCAGGAUGGGGAUGGCAAGAUUUCCUUCAAAGAAUUCUGCCAAGUUGUCAGUGGUCUCGACGUUCACAAAAAGAUGGUGGUCGAUGUGUAG